UCCUUCCGUGGAUCAACCUUAGAAUCAAUUCCAUCGCCCUGGCACCAUAACCUUCCCACGGGUUGGAACUUCCUCAUGGUUGCCUGAGCUGUUAGGGCGUGAACUGCUCGCUGCUCAUCAUGUUCAAGGCCCUUAUGGGCGGGGGCCGCUCCUCCUCAGAUGCCCGCAGCAGUUCGAGUUCCAAGAGCAGUAGUCGCCGCCGUCGCACCGACUCGAAAUCCUCUACAGUGAGCCGCAAAUCUUCACGGGGUGACGACCGUGAUCGUGGUUUGGGCGAUCUAUCGACCUAUUCGUCUUCCGCAACUCGUAGCAGGCGGUAUGCGCCCAGUGCGACAGCCGAAUCGGUGGCUUCGAGCUAUGCGACAGCAGAACAGGGCUUUCCCGGCGAACCCGACCGUAUCGUGAUCGAGCGAACCCCAAAACGGAGGGACUCCGAUAUUACGGAACCGCGCGAGCGCUCCCAGAACAAUGGAGAAAGAGAAGACAUAUACUCUCGCAGGCGUGAGCGCGCAAGGUCACCCAGUCGCGAGCGUGAGCGCACGCGAUUGGAACGGGAUGAACGCAGGAGCGAGGUGCUUCCGAGUAGACGCGAAUCCGAGCGUGCAGAGCGACGACGACGGACACAAUCGGGCGAGAGUUACGCAUCAGCGCUCGCUGGAGAUAUACCUGCAUCGCGGUCCAGAACUGAUUAUGAUAUCUCCGGACUCCCUCCUCACGCUGCGCAUUCUUAUGACCCGGUCCCAGUCACCUCAAUGCCGGGCCCCCCGAAUGUACCGGCGUUCUACGAUCCUCAUGUGCAACAGCAAUUCCCCGACCAGUUCCCUACUGACUUCGCGGAGCCAUACAGGCCGCCAAACCCUGCCGGGGAGGCUGCUGAUUAUUAUGGCGACCAAGGCCAGUCGGUUCAUGAUCAGCCCGGUGUCCGUCCAAAGCCUCAGAUGGUGAUUCCUAGUAGCCAAGCGCAUCUAAUGACUGCUUCUCCGGUCCCUAAUCCACCACCCGAGCCCAGUAGUAUGGGCCAGGUCGGCGCAGCCGCUUCGUACUAUGACGACGAUACUACUCCAGAUGCUCAGCAGGGUCCAGCCCAAAGCACCUCAGCUCCAGUUCCCAAGCCACAGAAGCCACAGAAACCAUCUGUUCACAUGGCAGAGGACUCAAUGCCAGUGGUCGCCCCGGCCGCUUCCGUGACUACUGUCGAAGACGUGGAGCCUCUUUACACCGAGUCUCCUUCGACCUACGCUCCACCGAAUUCAUCGAUUGCACAUGCUUCUUCCCCUCCGCAUGGGGUGGGAGCAACAGUUGGCGCGUCGGCGGCGGCGGCGGCAGCAGCAGCAGUAGCAGCAGGAGCAGGGUACACGAUGGGACACCACCCCCAUGCGUCGAGCGUCCAUUCCUCCCAAUACACCAUGCAAAACUAUGAGGAGCUUUCCCAAGCUGGGCCGAGUCACGGUGGUCCUGCAGCAUACCCCUCUCACCAGGAGGCAGCCAUUCAUGCGGCGGGUGUCGGGUACGCAGCAAGUCCACUCCAUCCGCAUCAUGCUGCCGUUCAUCAUGGUGCCCCCUUCCAAUCCGGAAGCUUGGCUUUUCAACAACGCCAGCGUGGCCCUUUGGACAAGAUCAUCGACUUUUGGCGCGAUACGGAGGCAGUAGGCAUGUUUGAGGACUAUACGGAAUCCAUCGGUGUCUGCAAGUAUUGUUUCGAGCCUGGCACAACAUCCAGGGAUGCACCUCGCAAGCACAACCACAAUUCUCGGCGCAGCCCAGUCGAUCGUUAUAGCACUGGCUCUCGCGUCGAGAAAGCAAGUCGCUAUACAUCUUCCGACGAGGAAAGUAGACGGCGCAAAAGGUCGUCCGGAAGCUCAUGGCUGCCCGGCUUGCUUGGAGGAUAUGCAGUCAAGUCGAUCUUUAGCAACAGGGAAUUUGACGAAAGUUAUAGCAUUCAAUCAGGACGAGUAGCGAGCUCGCGACAAUCGACUCAUAGCAGUGAGGAUGCAUCAACAGCUGGCCGCCGAAGUCAGACGUCUCGUGGCGUGUACCGCAGAUCCAAUCGCAGCAGGUCGCCUGAGCGGACUGCCCGAAGCUCUUAUUCGGAUACGAAAACUAGUAAAACCGAGGCCAACCGGGUUCGCUCUCGUUCAAGGUCCAGAUCCUCAUCCCGGACCCAGCGACACGCUGCCUUGAGAGAUGCAGCGCUGGGCGCUGCUCUUGGAGCGGCAGCCGUGUCCCAAUCUGAGUCACGCAUUGAAAACGGCAGCCGCGUUACUUCAUACAACAAGAAGAAGUAUCGAAAAUCCUCCUCUGAUGAUGAAUCUUUCGUGGACAUUUCAAGACCAACCCGGAAGUCUAUGAGUAGUGGUAUCAGCUCCUUCUUCAUGGCUUCCUCUGAAAACCGGCAGAAACAAUGGACCAAGAAACGCAGGGGGCUAUUCUCCUUCAACAACUCAUCCUCCUCGUCCCUGGAUGCCGAUCUUGCUUUCGGCAGCGGCUUUACCAGGAAGCUCAAGAACAAGUCCCAAAGGCGGAGAAAUAUGAAGGAACGAGACGUGGACACAGCAUUGCUUGAAUUAGGCGCAGCAGCAACGGCACUGGCCGCCUCGUCUCAGAGGAGAAGUCGACGACGGGGUGAGAUUCUUGCCGGCAAAAGCUAUCGGUCCGGGCGGUCGGAUUAUGCAUCGUCCGGCACUAACGAGGAUGGAUGGGAAGACUUGGACUCAGGCGAGCAAUCUUCGUCAAGUGUCAACUCCGGCCUCGCCUUCGGCGGCAGCGAGCUCUUCUCGAGCAGUGACUCUCAGCAGUCCUCUGACUCACAGCCAAGCAAGUGGACUUGGGGCUGGGGAAGCAAGACAAAGACAAAGAAGAAGAACAAAAGGAAACCCAGUCAGUCCGAAAAUAACUUCCCUGCUGGUGCUGCGGUGGCUGCCGGGCUGGGAACAGCUGCCCUUGCAUCAAGUUAUCACCGAGAUACAAAAUCCUCUAGUCACGAUACCAAUAGUGUCGCAAGUCUUCAGCAGGUGGCCCCGAUGCCCAUCAACGACUCUCCACACCAUAGUAGUUUUGACCGAUCGUCAAUACCUCCGCAUCAGCCACCCUUAGUUCGGCCAGGCCCCAUUCCGCUACAACAGCCGCAGCCUGUUACGCCAGUCUCACAAGCAGUCUACACUAGUCAAGGGGUGUCCAUACCCGCAUACACUGCGCCCAGUGGACUGCCUAUCUUUGAGGAAUCUAUUAUGCCCCAUGAGACAAGACUUUCCGGCAAGAGGAACGACGGCCGCUCCGACAGAAUCCGAGAGUAUGACACAACAAGCGAGAUGGCGUCGAAGGCCAGUCGUUCACACCGACGUAGCGAUUCUUCUCCCGUCUUUCACACGGAAGCUCUCGAGGGUGCUCCAGUGCCCGGCGUGCAGCGUCGCUAUACAGCCAAAGAGCAAGCGUCAGUUCAAUUUGAUCUGACAGAUGAACAGGCAGAGAAGGAGCGAAGCUCCACUAGACUGGAAGAAAUGAGACGGGAUGCCGAGAAUCAGGUUGGAGUACAACUUGUUGACCAUGAGCAGGAGGUAGCGGCCCGGGAGGCUGAGCAUCGAGCAAGCCGUCAAAGAAAACUGGAUCAAGACAGACGGCGAAGUGAUGAUGAGCGCUCACAUCACGACCGAGGCUCAUCGUCGUGGGUCGGUGCAGCGGCAACAGGCACUGUGGGUGCUGCUGUCGCGGCUACAGUGCUGUCCGGCCGGGGAUCUUAUGAUGAAGCAUCGGAAGCUGCUAGCCAGCGGCGCCACGAGGAACGACGAGAAAAGCGCAGGGCUGAAAGACGUCGGAAUUCGGACUCGGGCUCGGUAGCAUCAAGCCUGCCGAUGUCCGAAGCGUCCAAGGAUCCGUUGGAGGAAAGCCCGUCCGCAGACCGUCGACAAGAAAGUGUCAAGACCCAUGCAUUCAGGGACCUUUCUCGCAAAAAGCCGGUCUACGAUAACUAUGCACAAUUUUUCGCACCAGAGGAGCUUCGUUAUAGCCCUGAUACUUACAAGCGUCGGGAGCCCACCUCGAUGCCAACUAUCAUCGAAGCAGACCUCUCAAUGGAUUCCUUGCGUCUGGCCGAAGAGCCCCAUCCUGAGUACGCUGGCCUUCCGUGGCCUGUGCCAGCAUUGAAACUCAUCGAACCGACGCCGCCUCACAGUGCCAGUGGUUCCGUCAAAGGUGCUUCGUCGCCUAUAACAUUGGUCCCUGUGCACCCUCAAGAGAGCGAUCAACCGGAACGCCAGACAACUGGCUCACGUGUAUCGUGGGGCAAGCAUGAGACGCAUGAGUACGAGGUACCCUCAACCUCUUCUGAACUUGAAUCGGUCGAGGACUUCCCUGGGGAGCUGGAAAGAGAUCGACGGGGUGACCAGCGCUUAGCGCAAGACGUUCACGACAUUCCCCCAGAUUUUCAGGAGAUUCCUCGUUCCAGCAGCACAACCCAGCUAGAAAAUGCUGACAUAGAGUUCGCAGCUGCCGUAGCUGCAGCAACGGCCGCCGCCGGCUUCGACCCUUCAAUUGUCACAGACGACCCGAGUUACCAUGCGCCGACAUCAGCGGCCCCUGAAGCAAACAUCACCUUUGUCUCACCUUGGCAAGAAGCUGGCCAGCGUCGCGCACAGCCACACGGCUUUGUCGAAGGAGAAGUUGAGACUCCGGACGAGAAUGGACACGACAAACCAGUCGGAGAGUACUCCGGUGGUAACCGUUCUGUCAGCCCGGACCACGAACCUGGUGCGGUCCUGGACAAGAAUAGUCCCCCACGAGUCUCAAUUGCCCAGGGAGUCAUUGAGCAAAUUAGCCAGAGGAAGGAACCGAAAGCGAGUGGUGGGCAAAUGAGCAGCAGUAAGCCCACUGUAAUCCUUCGCGGUCCCCGUGAUGAAAUUGUAGCGCCUGUUGAAGUUCUUUCUAUGCCUGGUGGAUUCCACAUGGGAGAACUAUCGGGCCAAUCGAAGCCAUCCAGUGACUGGGAGACCGUAAACAAGGAUAAUUCAAGGUCCGUGGUCUCAGCGCCAAUUCUCCAAAACAUCGAUGUGGCUAGAAGCCAGAAUUUUGAAGAACAGAGUGAUAGUGAUUCAGGGCCUAGCGAAGAUGAUGGGUCAUCAAUAGCGGAAGCUGACACUGUGGGAAGGAGGAAAAGACGGCGCAAGAGACGUUCCAAGCGCGAUAGUGACAACUUUGAGGACACCACAUCAGCUGCUUCUUCCCUUUCUAGACUCAGGGAGACUGGAGAGAAGACCCGAAAGACGGAUGAGAAAGACAGAGAAAAACGGUCUGGAGGAUUUCUGAGCAAUCUCUUUGGCUCGAGAGUCUCAGAACCCUUAGCUAGCAGAACCUCCUCUGCCGAUAGGCGUUCCUCUCGAGAAGUUCACUCAGAGAUCGGCUCUCGGCGUAGAGACAAGUCUUCUCGGCGGCGGAGCUCUAGCCGAGCUGAAUCGCUUGAUAAUGAUUCGAGGAUUCGAAAGAGCAGUGGCCCGCAUGAUGAGAGCUUGACGGGGCCGGAUAAAGAGAAUAUCGACCUUGAAGGUUCUAAAUCUAGCAGGCAGCGAAGGGAGGAGCGACGGCGGCAAAGAUACGAAGAUGCUCGGGACUCUGGAAGGUCGAAAGGGUACGAGAAGGAACCAAGCUUCUCACAGGAAGCCGAUGAGCCACGGUCUUUUUUAGUGACCGGCCCCGAAUUACCAAGCCAGACAGACGAGGCUGAUUCGAGUCACGGGGCCUCGGGGUUUGAGGACUCUGCCAUAACAGGCUUGGGGCUUAACGUCUUGGGUCAGCGACUUCGAAGUCGAUCCGCGUCUCCGCCUGCUUCAGAGAAGACCGUUGAGCCUGCUCCCGUGUCACUGAGUAGACCCACUUCCCCUGAGUUGAAGAAGGCCCAAGAAGCUCAGGAUGAGGAAGCAGCAUCACGGUCUCGACGGUCAUCUGUACUGCGGGGGGUCGAUUCGCCUACGGCAGUUCCUCUGCAUUUCCGCCGGCCUCCUACAUCCCCUCGAACAACCCGAUCACCUUCACUCUCAUCCCCAACGCCUUCCCCAAGCUCUCCGACCCAGGGACGUCACCGCCGGCCAGCAUCAACAGAAUUUAAAAGCUCUCGAGAGAUAAGGCCCCUCUGGCUUGUGGAGCGGCAUAGCACCAGCAAGGCUGAGUCCCAGCUCGACGAGCCUCUGCCCUCGUUGCCAUCUAGCAAGACUACUUCAGCGAACGCGUCAGCUGAAGACCUAACAGCUCUCCCCGAGGAGAAGAAUUGGGAGUUGGUCGAUCUGAGUCAAUACAUUCAUGGACCUCCACAACCUACGGAUCUUGACUUGUCUAGUACCAGGGAAACAUCUGGGAUUGAUCAGCAUCACGAACUCCUUGAUUCUCAGCAGGGGACUCCCACCGCAAAUACCUUCAGCCACGUCUAUCAUUAUCCUCAAUCGAAGAAAGGGGGGUUGAGUUACGAGUUUCAUUCUCCCUCCGAGCUCCUUCAAGACGUAGACUCGUAUCCUGAUCUUCCCUCAUCCCCUACGCUGAACGGGUUACCGUCAGCCGAAGGUUCCGCACUCGGUCUAAAGGAUAACCACGGCAGGGAAGCUGUGCAGGAGGGCAUGGACGAUAUCUCUGAAAAACGGCCUUCCACCCCAGAGGACAAGCUUCUCCAAGCCUCAGAGACAAAUGAGACAACGCCGACUCAAGUGAAGACCUCUUCCCCGACGCCAGCGCACGCAACUGGUCAUAGACCGGAUUGCGCCGGGGUCUUUGUAGCGGCUGCUGCCGCUCUUUCCAACACAGAAGAUUCUGCUGGGUUGGAUUCAUAUGUGACGGAAGGCCAACCGGCGUCAGAGACUCAUGGAAAACAAGUCGGCAAUGAUUCCGCCAUCCAAGCGGCUCAGAAAGAGGAUCGCCUAGACGUUCUUGGGAAGAGCAGCCCAAGCCCAUCUAACAUUGAGGAGAGCCAUCUAGUCUCAACUUCUCAGCAGAACCUGCCCAAGGAAUUCAUAGACUGUACCGAUCCAGCGGUCGAGUCUUCCAUGGAUAAGUCAGUCGCCGCCCAAGAAGAGAGGAAGCCCGAAUCAGGUGAUUUUCUCAAGAAUGAUGUGGAGCAGACGAGAGAUUCGGGAACUCCGACUGUCGAGACACAGUCCGUAAAAUGCGAAGUUGGAACGGACGGCUUCAAUCCAGCAACAAGCGGCGAACCUGACACCGCUCGUCAUCUUUCCAUGGGCGAUGAACAGUCACGCGAAGAUGUGUUCAACUCCGACCUCCCAUCAAAGGCAGAUGAAGCCGAUACGCAGGAGCCCGAGCCAGGAAGUCCGGCUACGAUCAUCGCAGAGCGGACAUGGGAAGACAAGAUGCACGACAAACCUUCGGAGCCACACAUCGAAGGGGCCAGUAUCCAGGAAAUUGCAAAAUCAGUUAUCUUUAUGCCAUCUGAGACCCAAGAGCCGUUCCCAAGUACAAAUGACUCCGAGAAUGAACCCAACCAAGCAACAGAGGCAAUACAGUGGAAGGGAAAAGGGACUGAAGUGCCAGUCGAGGAUCAUUCAUCAUUGGAGCGGCUGCCCAAGAGCAUUGAUGACAAAAAGGACAGCAAGAUAGCCCAUGAAGAAGUUGUUGCUAGCGGCUCUCAUCCUACGAUUGAAACGCAGGACAUGCCUGUCAAUGAAACCGCUGAAAGCCAAUUGCAAGACCCAAUGAUUGGAGAUUCCGCAUCGAAGCUAUCGAAGAAGAAGAGCCAAAAGAAGAAGAAACGAGGCACAAGCAUUGAUUUGGUUGCUCCAGAGCUCCCAUCACCUCUCGAGGAGCCCGCUCAGUCGCUCGUACAGCAACCGAAGUUGGGGGCCUCAAACCCCACCGAGCCUGAGAAUGCACAAGACGCCCUGUCGCAAGAAGUACCCUCAGUUGAGCACGUCAACUUCGAGCAGCAACGGACUGCGACUGUAGAAGAGCCAGCGGGAUCGGCUUUGGAAGUAGGAUUGCCAUCGACCCAGCAGAUAACCAUUGUCGAACAAAACCCAGCUGAAGCUGGUGACUUUGAGCCGGCGGGGGGUCGAGUAUCAGUCAUGGAAGAGGUUCGCCUCUCGGACGGUGAUCGGUCCGGCAAGAGCCUCGAACAGAGAGGAUUGACUGAGACUGUCGGGCAAGACCGUCCGGCGAAACCUGAAUCGUUGUCCCCCACCGACGUCGAAGAGACAGCGCCAGACACCGUGCCCUCCAGCGGUAAGAAGGCCAAGCGCGAUAAGAAGAAAAAGAGAAAGAGCAAGGGCUUAAAUUCUAUCACGAACGAUGAAGGAUCAGCACCUAAUGAGACCGCUGAACCUGUCACUGAACCUGUCACUGAACCUGUUGCUGAGCCUGUCGCGGAGCUUGUUGCGGAGCCUGUUGCUGAGCCUGAUGCUGGGCCUGUUGCUGAGCCCGUUGCUGAACCUGUCACUGAACCUGUUGCUGAGCCUGUCGCGGAGCCUGUCGCGGAGCCUGUCGCGGAGCCUGUUGCUGAGCCUGUUGCUGAACCUGUCACUGAACCUGUCGCGGAGCCUGUCGCGGAGCCUGUCGCGGAGCCUGUCACCGAACCUGUUGCUGAGCCUGUUGCUGAGCCUGUUGUGGAGCCUGUUGCGGAGCCUGUUGCGGAGCCUGUUGCUGAGCCUGAUGCUGGGCCUGUUGCUGAGCCCGUUGCUGAACCUGUCACUGAACCUGUCACUGAACCUGUCGCGGAGCCUGUCGCGGAGCCUGUCGCGGAGCCUGUCGCGGAGCCUGUCGCGGAGCCUGUCGCGGAGCAUGUCACUGAUCCUGUCACUGAUCCUGUCGCUAAGCCUGUCACUGAGCCCGUUGCGGAGCCUAUUGCGAAGCCUGUCGCGGAGCCUGUUGCUGAGCCCGUUGGUGAGUCUAUGAAGGGGGAUGAUGUCGAGAAUUUCGAAGCCAGCAAGCAAAGCCCUGAAAUUGGCUCUACACAAGAGCUUGAUAAAACCUCCAUGGGCGAGCAUUCACUUGCCAAUUCUGACCCUGCGAAUCGAAGUAUUGAAGCUGUACCAGAGGAACUUGUUCCUUCCAGUGUGGAAUCUCCUGAAACAGCUUCAGAAAAGACCAAACUUGCGCAAUUGGACCCAAAUGUCGCGGAAGAAACGUGUCAGAAAUCUGGUGACGGACAUGCACCUAUUAAUCUUGAGGCGACUUUGAGCGGGACAGAGCUCGAAGAGCCCACCGCCAUUACUGGCGUGUCGACACCGAAUGAGCCCCUAGCCCCUGCAACAGAGUCUGGAGAUUGCAAAGCAUCUCAAUCUUUUGGCGAGCCGCUCGAUCUCAGUUCAGAGCCUGUCUCCAUGAAGACCGAUAGCAACCAAGAAGAUGUCUUUGAAGGCGCCGAGACGUUCAAAAGAUCCGAAGUCGUACCUGCAGAAGUUGAUGGUCUGCGCUCCGCUUUAGAUAGUAAGGUCGGCGGGACGGAGUCAUCAGCGGCCUUGGUAGAGGAUCAGACAAACAAGGACCCGACGGAGCUAGAAUCAGCUGAGGCGGAGCAGCACAAGAAUGAGAGCUCUGAUCGCACUGCUCAAGAGGAGCAGGCUGCCGACGAGAAACAUUCAAGUGCCCCUGUAACCGAGCCUCUUAGCGAAUACGCCUUCGUCACAGUGGAACAAAUUGACACAGCUAAAGCACCAGAGACAAUUGAAGCACAGGAUGUCAGCACGGAGGCUGAGCCUUCCCUUUCUCGCAAAAGCAGUAAAAAGAAGAAGAAGAACAAGCGCAAGAGUGUGAUUGAGACAACAACAGAAGCAUCCAGUGCUGAUGAUCUCCGAUCAGAACCCGCUGUCCAUGAAUCCGUUCUGAAGGCUGAGGAUGAAUCAAACACCGAAGCUAGGCCUGCGGAUAUCAUAGAGCCGGACGCGACCGGCGCAGAACCAUCAAAACCAGAGUCAUUGAAACAAGGCCACAUUGAAAAUGAGAAGCUGGAGCCUGGUGAGGAUCAAAAGCACCAGGGAAACGUCCCAAAAGCUGAGAGUGAUAAUCCAGAUGGGCGAGAAACAGAUGACACGAGCAGAUCGAAGAUGGACACCAAUACCGACGUGACCGAGGAAGAUCAACCAAAGAAGGGGGAGGGGAAGAAGAAGAAUGGCAAGUUAAAUGCUAUGACCGAUCCUGAGCACGAACCCAAGCUUGAGCCUGAGUCCGUGGCCGAAAUUAAUCGCGAACAACUCGUAGAUGCGGGCGUUGUCGCUCCUGAACCCCCGCGCCAAACAAGCGGUGAAGUUUCAUUCGACGAAAGCCAAGAUCUGCAGUCACAAGAAUUGAAUAACUCCCCUGAUAGAGUGACAGCGGACGCCAACGUUCCAGGCACAGAGCUUGAGCCCACUAGUCUUCUGGUGGAGCAUGCUGACGCCAAUGAUGACACAACACAUGUGCCUGCGCCAGAACAACCUAUAGUCGCCGAGUCUUUACCUGAAACCGAGCCUGACGCAGGAGAGGCUACACCGACUGGCAAGAAGAAUAAGAAGAACAAAAAGAAGAAGAAUAAGAGCCUGUCAAUCGUGCCUACUGAAGAUGUUGCUGUCGAGCCUUCUUCAGCGGGCUUGGAUGGGGCCUCAGCGGAUGCGAACACUCCUGCAUCUAUGGAAGUCUUCGCUGCAACUCAAGAGGUUCUCCCUGCAUCAAUGGAGAGGACCCCUGCUUCUAACGAAGAGGCUUCUGCGUUCACCGAAGAGUAUCCAACUCUAACGGAGGUUGCCGCCGCAACUACAGAUGUCGCGUCAGUACCUACUCAAGAUGCUCAUGCACAUGAUGAACUGCGAGCAGUUAUCGAGGACGCCCAGACUCGUACGGAGCCGGAGCUUGCUCCUUCAAGUCAAGAUAGAAAGCAAGAAUCUAUGCCUGUGAGCGAGGGAGUGAACACUACGAACGAGCUUUUAGAAGUCCAUCCGUCCGAGGAGCCUCAGAUGACCUCCGCACAAAAGAAGAAAGCCAAGAAAGAGAAGAAGAAGCUGCAGAAGCAAAGGGCCAAGUCUGUGGAUGACAUCUCACUUUCUGAGUCUGCAACACCAGUUUCCUCCGAGCGCACUCUGGAGACUGAGUUGGCAACUACCGAAGGAUCUUCAGCACCUUUAGAAUCUGCAGAGGUGGUUACCUCUGCAGCUAAGAACAAUAAGGAAGAAGAGCCCGUCCUGGGAAACGUCCAAGAUACCACCAGGGACGGGGUAGCAGCCGCAGCCAUAGAGGAAGCCACGGCGGCCGACGAAUCUGGAACAGUACCGGAGGACAAAGCGAGCGGUAAUGUGUUGAGCAAGGAUAAGUUUUCCGAAUUACAGGCAGCUUCGGAACCAGCCGACAAGUUAGCACCGGAUGAAGUUGACUUAAAGUCCUUGGUGGAGGAAUCGUCAAGCCCUGAUACACAACGGCUGCAGGAGCAGGAAAAGUCUUAUGCUGACAGUCGGGAUGUGAGGAUUGAGGACGAGACAACAACAGUUGUUCAGGAUACUUCAAAGCCGAGUACGGAGGAAUUCGAGGUUCUCAAUGAUACACCAAGGGACCUAGAACAACAAAUCCCUGACACUGGAGAACAACCGCAAGAGCAGCCCGAAACCGUCGUCUCUCCUGAACCUGGUCCGGCACCCUACCAUGAGGAGGCUAAAGUUGAGCUUGCUAAAGACCAGGAGGAGCACGGUGGAGAAGUGGAAGGCAUAAUAGAGGCUAAUACACAAGCCAGUACACCGGUUCAUAGCAUUUCCAUGGAUGAGGACACGGCUCGAGAUGCUCAUUCCAGCUUGGCUGGCACCGAGUCCGCUGACAACGACGAGCACCGCGGCGGUGAAGCUGUAGCUAGCCUGCAUGAAGAACCCAUCGACGAUGAGUCUCAACCUUCGACUUCAAUUAAAUCGAAGAAGGACAAGAAAAAGAAGAAAAAGAAAAAUAAGUCCUUAUCAUUUGAUGAAUCACCGGUCGCAGUUCCCGCAGAAGAAGCACGGGAGCUGGGUGAAGGGUCUUCUGCUGCAGAUGUCAACAUUAUUCCGAUUGCUGACGAUGCAGACGUCAGCGCAGCUGGUGACAUUACUUCUGACCAAGCGACGGACGAAAAUCAGCAUUCUGAGCAUGUACUCGCAGAAGAGGUCGUUCAGCAUUCUGAGGACCACCUCAAAUCUCCAUCACUGGAGAAAUCUUCGGUAGUCCCUUCGGACAAGGUUGCGUCGGAGCCCACAGACACCGAAAGCCAAGCUUUGGAGCCUACACCAGACCCACAGACAACGAAAUCCAAGAAGAAGGCUAAGAAGGACAAGAAGAAGCGCAAGUCUGUAUCCUUCGCAGAGGAACAGUCUACCGACUUGAGCGAGCCCGCUACGGAGGAGAGAGUACAUCAGGAAACCCUGCAGAACGCCGGAAAUAAUGUUCUAGCCGAGCAGAACCAGGCGACCGAACCGGCUCUUUCCGAUGAAGAGAUUCAAGGGCUGGUUGGUGAAACUGCUGUGUUGGAAAGUGAACUAGAUGCUGUCGAGGAGGCUACCUCAGAAAUGGAUGGCCCAGGCGCCAAAUCAGCAACUAUUCUGCCUGCGCAGGAGAUGGAGGAAGAGACAAUAGCUCGGGAAGUGGACUCAAAGCCUCAGGCGGCAGAUGAAGUCAUUCAAUCCACUCAACCCACUGAAGAGCCACAAGACGUGGAGUUAAGCUCUACUGCUCCAAGCAGCGCCCAAAGAGCGGAGGAAGAGCUAGAGAACACGGAUCCCGCUCUUGACAUCACAAGCCUACUAAGUACUGCCAUGGCCACGAGUUCAGUGACGAAUGAUACGUUCGGACCUCUUCCUAUUGACGAAUCCGAGCCCCAGACUCCCAUACCGAGUCCUGAGCCGGACGUCGGUUCCUCCAAGUCCAAGAAGGACAAAAAGAAGAAGAAACGGCGCAAAACAUUGGACUCUGCUGCAGAUACAAUCACAUCAGCGCCGGACUCUGAAGUUGACAUCUCUACAACAGAACUAGCAACUCUUGCUGAACCAGAGUUCUCAAAUGAGCCGGGUGUAGCGCUGGUUUCUCAGACUCCUGGGACCGAGAGUCCUGAGGAUACAGUACAGCAAGCCGAGGAGGCCGAGGAAGAAGCUAUUCCAAUGUCAGCUAAGGCGAGGAAGAAGGCAAAGAAGGAGAAAAGGCGCUUGUCAAAACUUCAAGAUGCGACCGACGCUGCAAUCGACUCCGCUGCUGAGAAUAGACCCGAACCCUCGUCUGAAGUCGCAGAUAUUCAGGCCGAAAUACCUCAAGACCGAAAUGAUGCUCAGUUGCCUACCGAGACCGAGUCCACGGAACCAUCGCAGGAGGCGGCAAUCAAACCUGCGGAAGAUGACGGUAAAGAAAUUCAGUCCCACGGCACCGAACUGCACGCCACAAACGAUGAAGAUCUGACUUGGACUGAUGAAAUGGUUCCGCAGGUAGAGCAACAGCCAGCAGCUUCGCCCGCUUGUCCUUCCCAACCCGAGCCUGAGAACCCCGAUAUCGCAGCAUUGCCAGCCAUUGCAGCCUCCAUUGAAGCAUGUGGAGACGGUAAAUCGAUCCGGGAGUUGUCGGGAGAGAUUGAUUCGUCCGCAGGACUAGAGUCGGCGCCAUUGGAGGACGCAAAGGAGGAGGAAUUGCCCACGCCACGCUCUGAAUUCCCGGACAAGGGAGUCAAAGACGAGCCAGUAUUAGCGCCAGCAGAGGAAGAAGCUGGCGAGCAACAUGCUACGAAGGCAGCGGAUGAUAUGUCAGCUCAGGGGAAGGUAGAGCACACAGGCAUUGCAUCGGGCAACAAGGGUGACUCCGAGAGCAAUGAACAAAAAGAGUCCCGAGAACUAGCUGUGUCUGCUGAGAUGGUUGCGAGUUUAGCCAAGGGCGAGGAGCCAGUCACGCAGCCCCAGGAUACGACUCAAGAGGUCGAUUCUAGCAAGGACAACUCUGCCCUUGAUCAAAAUCGCGCCAUGGAUCAAACCCGACGCAAGAAGUCCAAGAAAGACAAGAAGAAAGACCGCCGAGCAAAAUCAGCCGCCAGUGAGCAGCAACAACAGGAGCAAGAACUAGGUGCUAAGAGAGACUCUGAGGAAGCAGAACUCGGCUCACCAUCAACUCCCCCUGAUCAACCAAGCGAUGAGGUCAAGCUUGGACAAGAUUUUCUGGGAGAGACCGACCCUGUCACGAACGGAAGAGCGGAAGCGGAAGCGGGCAUCGCCAAUACUCAAACCGGUACCCUUGGUUACAGAGAGAUCGUCGAGGUUGGCAAUGAUAUGCCCCCUACGGACCCUGGUGAGGUCAAUAUUACAUCUGCUGAGCAGAUAUCGAGCCUUGCAUCUUUUGUGAGAAACCAGGAACAUGAGAUUUCUGAAGGAGAUGAUGUGGCGCCGGUUGAAGACCGGAAGGAUAGUGUCUUGGAGCAUAGUGCGUCUGCGGAUAUCGGGGCAAGACAUUCAGAAUCAGAAGCUAUCCGCAGGAUUAUUGCUCCUGAUGCCAUGUCUUCUGCGUUUGUGCCCGAAGGUGUUGCUGCUCAGGACUUAGCCUUUAUCGAUUCUCAAGAGGGAAUUGUUCCUGAGGAGGAGAUUCCGAAAGCACUUCCUUUGGAGGCUGCGCCUGAAGCUAUUGCUGAGGAAGAACUUACUAUCAAUGAGAAAGCCGUUCCUGAGGUUGUUCCUGAAGAGGUUUUUUUAGAAGAAAUUGCCAUUCAGGACAAAGUCGUUACUGAGGCCGAUCUUGCGAACAAGCCUGUCGCUGAAGACGUGUCUGGAGGUGUUUCUGAAGGACCAAGGGCUGAAGCGUCACAGGUGGUGGGGUUCGAUUCCUUCUAUCCAGAAGCACCAGUGACAGGAACUGCGGAGGCGAUAACUGGCUUUGAAGAUUUGGUCCUAGAAGAUGUGAAACAGGAGGCUCCGUCCGCAGAGACCAUGGAGCGAGAGGUCUCAACUUCAGCUGCUGCAAAUGAGGGAUCUCCGGAGGCAAGUGUUGUACCUUCAGAGCCUGUUACUCGAAAGACCUCGGCUCCAGUUUUGACGGCCGCAUCCGAUGCAAGCGAAACUUCAAAGGCAAUUGAUGAGUCUGCUUCCAAGAAGAAGAAAAAAGAUCAGACGAAGAAAAAAGGAUCGCUGUUCGACGGAGAGCAGACUGAGCUUCUAGAGCAUCAGAAGCCAGAAGAACCGAGAGUUGAGGAUGAUCAGGAGCCUAUUGAAAUGAGCAAGCCAACAGAGACAUCCGAAGCAGUAGAUGGAGGACUUGUGGAUCUCAAAGGGGUUCCAGAAAUGAAGGCCGGAUCGAGCGGUGAACAGGGAGCUUCAGGCUCGCAAGAUGAGACUAAGACGCCGGGUUCUGCUGCAGCCGAGGCAAGCAGCGAUCAUGAAGGUGAGCAUGAGCAAAAGCCAGGGCCAGGUGACUCUCAGGCACAAGAACCAUCGAUGGCACAGGGCGUGAAGGAUCCGGAGUCCACGCACGAAAUCCCAGUUACGGCGGAGGACUCUACUUCUACGGAGGUCAAAGCAGAAGCUCCCACUGAGGUUACCUCCGAAGAGGCACUCGUUGAAAAGCCAUUGAGUCGCAAAGAAUCGAAGAAGAGGAAGAAGAAGGCAAAGAAAGCAGCUAAGGGAGGCCAAGACGAAACAAUGGAGUCAUCGGUUGCGCAAGAAGUGACCUUUCAAGAAGCAGCCGUAGAACAAGCGGUGCCGCUCGAGAAAGCGGUAGAGAACGUCUCCGAGAACGUCCCGCCGCAAGAGACUAGUCGCCAUGCUGUACAGGAAGAGAUCGGGGCUCAAAAGGAAGGUAUAGAGUCUCUUGCAGCACGUACAGAGCAUGAGGCCGAGCCAUCGCCAUCAGAUCCUACAUAUGCCGAUAGGCUCGUGAAACGCGAUAGUCUGCAGCCUGAGGAUCUAGAAGCUCAUUCUACAUUGGACUCGAGAAUUCCAGACAUGAAGGAUGAUGCAGAUGUGAGCGAGGGUGUGGCAGAGGUCCUUUCAGAAGACUCACAUCCUACACUACCCUUGGCACGAAAAUUCUCUAAGAAGGAGAAAAGAAGGGCCAAACAAAUUGCCGCAAAGGGGGCUGCUCAACCUGCACAGCCAGUGCAACAAGUCCAGGAAGGAUCUGAGAUCGUCCAAGCAGAAGUAUCUCUUGUAUUGCCAGCCACCAGCGCCGUGACCGUCGACAGGGCACCCAUCAACCCCUCCGAAGGUAAGCCUCAGGAAACAGACCCUAUGUUCGAGCAGCCCGCAGAGGAUGACAAUGGCUGGCCUUUGAUAGACUGGGGCAAGGCUCAGAUUGAAACUACAGAGCGAACCCCAGAUUCGUCGCCCGAAGCUCGUGCCAUACCUUUCGAACCUGGAAUAGCCGAGUUCGACGAGUCCGCCAUCCCCGAAGGCGUGAUCAGACGACCAAGUUUGCGAGGCAGAAAUAGCAAAGCGCGCGACUUCAGCCUGUCACCGAGACAAGAGCGUCAAGAAGGGCGCUUUCAGCAUGACAACGCGCCUCUAGCAACAGGCUCGACUAAUACGCACAACAAUCCGGUUACAACAAGCCAGCUGGAGGAUGUGGUUCAUGAAGGAGAUGAGGCGCAUUACAAUCAAUCCGCGACCGAGUCUAGCAAACCAAGUCUGGUGGCAAGCAUCUUUCCCGAGCUAGAGCGAGGCUUUUUCCGUCGGCCAGCUUCAACUCAAGACCUCGGGUCAGCAAAAGAUGGGGCUGAGGAAGAGACCAUUGGCAAGGAAGCGAUUCGCAACAGCGACAAGGUCUUGGAAGCUCCUAUCGCGACCAAAGAAAACCCAGACAUUGAGGAUUUUACGCUUGGGAGGACGCUUGAUGACAAUGUGACUACGAUACAGCAGCAGAAGGUAUUAUGGGAUGAACCGGAAGGCGCUGUAAUUGAUGUCGAGGUUGACCCUGCAUACAAUGUCUCCGUGCUUUCAGACGGGCCUCAUGAAGAAUCUCGGUCGGUUGAGAUUCAAUGGGAAAAGACCAAGGAUCAGGAUGCUACAGCAGAGGGUGAAUCGCCCAUCCAGCAUGAGACGCCUUUGUAUGCACCCUCACCGUUGCAGGAACGCGCAUCAGUGCUGGUUCGAUCCUCGCGGGCAGAUUCUACGUGUGGGCUCCGACGUAGCCCCUCGAUCCAUGGACGCCAUGGACAGAGCGCCUCCCCACGUCGACGACCAUGGUCUAUACAUGAGCAGCCAAGUGCAUCACCGCCAGGGGCGGGUCGGAGUUCGGUCUCGCCCCCACGGACGCCACUGCACACCAUCGAGGAAUAUGAACUGGGAGAUCGAUCGAAAAGACCCACCAGCCCCGGUCGCGGGACGCCCCGUCUGGAGAUGAAACCAGAGCAUGUGCUUUCACCACCUCCUCCCAAUCCUACAACUCCUCCGCCAAGCAGGAAAUUUACCGACAACGCUUUAGCUCGCCAGGGCUGGCCAACAUCAAACAGGAGCGAUAACGAUGAUGUGGUGGAAGUUCAAAAACGUCGACCAGAAAAGAGUCAGCGGACAAAAGAGCAGGAGCAGCAGCAGCAGCAGCAGCAGCAGCAGCAGCAGCAGCAGCAGCAGCAGCAAAGGGGGGAAGCGAUGAAGACGCCUGAGCACAAAAUGCCGAUCCUGCGACCAACCAGCGGCAGUGGACGAUCGUUGAGACGAACGCCUCGCAGUGUGAGCGGCAGUGAUUUGCGGGCGGUCAGUCAAGCCCAGCCUCCUCUUCCUCCCGUUCCUCCCGCUGUUUCUGGCUCUGGCUCUGGCUCUGGCUCCGCUUCCGCUUCCGACUUGAACUUGGAGCGCAUUGCUUCUUCCUCUUCUUAUGAUCCCGUCACCGACAAGGGCAAACGGCCCCUUCGGAACAUGACUGAUGUUUACGAGGGGUGGGGAGAAACACCCAGCUCGCCUCGGUCGCCGAGUCGACCGCCCAGCAUCCGCCAUCGUCGCAGCAUGCAACACCUCCAAGAACUCGAAUCCCGGCUUGAUUCUCUGAUCUCUGAAAAUCGCCUACUGCUUGCCGCCCGCGAGGCUGCUGAAGAUAAAUUGCGUAAUGCUAGCGUGGCUCGCCGCAAGAGCGACCAUGCUCUCAACAAAACCGAUGCUGACCUGCGCGACCGGUCAGCCGAAGUCGAACAACUCAAGAACUCGGUCGAGUGGCUGCAGAAAGAAGUCUCCCGACUGACUGGAGAGAAUGAAGGCUUACUGGUCACCAACUCGGGUCUAGUGGCGACCCAUGCACAAGAGAUCCAGGCUAUGCAGAGCACCUACGAUCGCAGAAUCGAAGAAUUGCAUACCGCGAACCAGCAGCUUUCGACAGAGAUGCAGACCAGAAUCUCUCAAGAAAUCGACGCCGCCGUUGCACAAAAGGACACAGAGCUGCGGCGACUACGGGAGGAAUUAGAGAAGACCCGCAACCGGGUCAAGCAACUCCAGCAGCAGAUCGCGGAGAAUAUGCGAGACGAGGUUCUCAUCUUCCGCGACGAGGAUUACUUCGAUGCUGCUUGCCAGAAACUAUGUGGACAUGUGCAGCAGUGGGUCCUCCGCUUCUCUAAGCAUUCUGAUCACCGUCGCUGCCGCAAAUUGAGCGACCUGCAAGACGAGAAGAUUGCCGACCGGUUCGAAAAUGCCAUUCUGGAUGGCUCCGAGGUCGACCUCUACCUUGCCGACCGUGUCCGACGCCGCGAUGUGUUCAUGUCGGUGGUUAUGACCAUGGUGUGGGAAUACAUCUUUACACGAUAUCUGUUCGGCAUGGAUCGCGAUCAGCGCCAGAAGCUCAAAUCGCUCGAAAAGCAGCUAUCCGAGGUGGGGGCGCGAAGUGCAGUGCAUCGUUGGCGUGCCACUACCCUGACCCUGCUGUCCCGACGACCAAUCUUUUCGAAGCAGCGGGAAACCGACACCGAAGCGGUCACUCUCGAGAUCUUCGAUACGCUCUCACGUCUUCUUCCACCGCCUAGUAAUGUUGAGGCCCAGCUUCUGGAUUCCCUGCGGAAAGUUCUGCGAGUUGCGGUGCAUUUGUCGAUUGAAAUGCGGACCCAGUUGGCGGAGUACAUUAUGUUACCGCCGCUGCAACCAGAAUACGAUACCAAUGGCGAUCUCGCCCGCCAGGUCUUUUUCAAUGCGUCGCUGAUGAAUGAGCGCAGUGGCGAGACUACGUCGAACGAGGAGCUGGAGUCUCAGCAAGCCGUGGUUCGUAUCGUUCUGUUUCCCUUGGUGGUGAAGAAAGGCAAUGAUGCAGGAGAUGGGGACGACGAAAUGGUCGUCUGCCCGGCGCAAGUGCUCAUUGCACGACCAAACAAGGAUAAGAGAGUGUCCAAGAUGCUUAGUGGCGACCGCAUGUCGCUCGAUGCCACCCGAUCGGUGCACAGCGCGGCUCCCUCGUCCACCAUGGACUUGAGCAACGUAAUUUGAGGCGUCACCCUCAAAUCGCGACUGGAUAACGCUCAGACUGGUGGAAGGGCAACACAGCACAUGGACUGGUCCGAUCUCUGGACCUUUCAUUUAUCCUCUCCCUUUUUCUCUUUCUCGCUUCCUACAAUAAUUUCCUUUUUCAGUGCAGCUACUCUGCAGGCGUCUUGGCUUGAAUUCGGGUCUUCAAAUGGUAAUGAAUAAUGCUAGAUGCAGAGGAACUGUUUCGUUUCUCAGCAUCUUCAAAACUGAUGAUGUUCAUGAUGAUGUCCGAUACCUUUUUUGUCUCUUAGAGUUGACGAUCUUACGGCCAUUUAUUUAUCUGGUGGUUGAAUUGUGUUUUGUUGGUGUUCUGUUAUUGUAUAUUUAUGGAUGUAUUUAAUGUAUGUACAGGACAGUGACAAUGUGAUGUCAUUGAUUG